CUGCCUGAGUGGCAGAUGGUGGCUGCCUGGGGACCCGCCGUCCGGGCGAUUAUUCACCCGUCUCCAUGGCGAUGGGAAGGCUGUUCCUCUAAGUCGUUCAAGCUGUACUCGCCAAAGGAGCCCCCGAACGGCAACGCCUUCCCCCCCUUCCACCCGGGCACCAUGCUGGAUCGAGAUGUGGGCCCUACUCCCAUGUACCCACCGACGUACCUGGAGCCUGGCAUCGGGAGGCACACGCCGUACGGCAACCAGACCGACUACAGGAUAUUUGAGCUCAACAAGCGGCUGCAGAACUGGACAGAGGAAUGUGACAAUCUGUGGUGGGACGCCUUCACCACGGAGUUCUUUGAGGAUGACGCCAUGCUAACAAUCACUUUCUGCUUGGAGGAUGGACCAAAGAGAUACACGAUCGGCCGGACUCUGAUUCCCCGUUACUUCCGCAGCAUCUUUGAAGGAGGGGCCACGGAGCUCUACUACGUGCUCAAGCACCCCAAGGAGUCCUUCCACAACAACUUCGUCUCGCUCGACUGCGACCAGUGCACCAUGGUCACCCAGCACGGCAAGCCCAUGUUCACCCAGGUGUGCGUGGAAGGGCGGCUCUACCUGGAGUUCAUGUUCGACGACAUGAUGAGGAUAAAGACGUGGCAUUUCAGCAUCCGCCAGCAUCGAGAGCUCAUCCCCCGCAGCAUCCUUGCCAUGCAUGCACAGGACCCCCAGAUGCUGGACCAGUUAUCCAAGAACAUCACCCGCUGCGGGCUCUCAAACUCCACACUCAACUACCUCCGACUCUGUGUAAUCCUAGAACCAAUGCAGGAGCUCAUGUCACGGCACAAGACCUACAGCCUCAGUCCCCGGGACUGCCUCAAGACCUGCCUGUUCCAGAAGUGGCAGCGGAUGGUCGCGCCGCCUGCGGAGCCAGCGCGGCAGCAGCCCAGCAAGCGCCGGAAAAGGAAGAUGUCGGGGGGCAGCACCAUGAGCUCCGGCGGGGGAAACACCAACAACAGCAACAGCAAGAAGAAGAGCCCGGCCAGCACCUUCGCCCUGUCCAGUCAGGUACCUGAUGUGAUGGUGGUAGGCGAGCCCACGCUGAUGGGGGGGGAGUUUGGGGACGAGGACGAGCGGCUCAUCACCCGGCUGGAGAACACGCAGUUCGACGCCGCCAACGGCAUCGACGACGAGGACAGCUUCAACAACUCGCCCGCGCUGGGGGCCAACAGCCCCUGGAACAGCAAACCGCCCUCCAGCCAGGAGAGCAAGUCAGAGAACCCCACGUCGCAGGCGUCGCAGUAACGGCCCUGCGGCCCCCCCCAACCCCCCCGCGGACUCAGUCCAAACCGAUCUACCUGUACAUUUGCAACGGAGAGUGACUGGGAAGCGGCGAGGUACCGGGGCGCACCGGCGCCGCGCGGCCGGCGGGAUGCACGGCCGGGGGUGAGCCCCAGCCCUCUCCCCCCCUGCCGCCCCCCCUGCUCCCCCCCCAGACCCUGGGGCAGGGGUGGGUAUCCGGGGCCGUAGCUUCAUUAUUGCCCCCUUCUCCCUUUUCCUCCCUGCUUCUUCCCCGGAGAGCUUCUCAUCGUCCCCUCCUGGUGCGCCCGGCCCCUGCCUGCUGAAUGGGGGGAGCGGGGGCGCAGCCGCCCUGCGUUGGGGUCCAGCCCAGCACUGCGGCCCUCUUCCUCCUCCUCCUCUUCCUCGCUCUGGGUCUGACAGCUGGGGUUUGCUGGGCAGCAGCCCGCAGGGUUGGCUGCACAUUUCCAGCCCGACCUGGAGGUGGGGGGGGGCGGCGAAGGACAAAGCCCCCACCCGGGGGUCAGAUCCUGCUGCGCUGGGGGUGCUGUCGAGGAUCUGGCAUUUCCCCGCUCUCCUGCCCCCCCACUUUGCUCCCCAUCCCCUCUCUCGCCCCACAGCAGGGCCCACGGGGGCUGUGUACAUAGGAAUCGCCUGGCUGGGGGGCGCGGGGGGGGCCCGAGGCCGCAGGUCUGUGCCGGUGGCCGGUGCCGUUGCUCCGUGCCUGCAGCCCCUGCGUUCCUGCCCGGAGCACCCUGGCCACCCCCCGGCUCCCAGUACCUCCUACUUUUGUCUUUUUUUUUUAAAAAAAAUAAAUUUUAUUAAACAUGUAAUUUUAAAAAAAAAAAAAAAAAAAGAAUGGGAAAAGCCCCCCCUCACCCCCCUCCCCUCGCCGGUGCCCCCUCCCUGCCCUGAGCGCUCUCACCCUGUCCUGACUUUUGUACAGGCUUCUUCUCUUGGGAGUCUCGUUUUAUAUCCAGUUCGGAGAGCUUCAAACCAAGGAGAGACUUUGCAGACUUCCUUUCUAAUCCCUCCAGGGGGCGGGGGGCAGCCCCCCCGCCUCCCUCCUCAAUGUAAAUCUUGUGUGCUGUUGUCCCCGCUGCCCCCCCCCCGGUUCGUGUACCUCGUGCUUGUACAUUUCCGCGCUGUAGACAGUGUGUACGAUACUGUUCUUUCAAUGUGUUAUCACUAGAGCAGGUGCCUCCAUCGAUGUUAGGGGAAACAACGAGAAUAAUAAUAA